CGCAGAGUGGUGUUUCGUGGAGGCCAUGGCAGGAAUUGGGCACCACCUUUGCCAGCCAUUGGCUCGAAUUCAACAAAAUUUUGCCAUGUGUAAUUCAUCGCUGGCGUUUCAUGGGGCAAAGUACCGCCAAAGCCAGCACCUUCAAGGACAGUGGUGAUGGAUUUUGCGAGACCAAACAGCUGCGAUGGGGGUUCAGCAGUAUGCAAGGCUGGCGCCCCUACAUGGAGGAUGCUCACUUUGCUUUGGCCUCUCUCGGCGGCGCUUGGUCCGACACAGCGGCCUUCGGAGUGAUGGAUGGUCACGGUGGCCGCGAGGUCGCGCGCUUUUGUCAGCGUCGGCUGCCUAUGGCCAUUUCUCAGGGGGAACGGCUUGAGCCCAGGACUUCCCUGGAACGUGCAGUUGAGAGUAUGGAUGGCCUGCUACGCAGUGAAGAGGAAUCCGACUAUUUGCAAUCCUUGGUCGAUCGGACACGGGACAAUCCGCUGGCUGCAUGGGGGGCCCGACGUGUGGGCUGCACAGCUGCCAUUUGCCUGGUUCAAGUGGAGUCCAUUCUGGUCGCCAACGUGGGCGAUAGCCGAGUGGUCUUGUCUCAGAGGGGCCAGGCAGUGCCACUGUCGGAGGACCACAAGCCCAAUCUCCCUCGCGAGCGCGAGCGCAUUGAACGGGCGGGAGGGGUUGUUGAGCAGCAACAAGCUGGUCCAUUGACCACCUUCCGAAUCAAUGGAAAUCUGAAUCUGUCGAGAAGCAUUGGCGACCUGGAUUACAAGAAUGAUCUACAGCUGCCACCAGGUGAACAAAUCAUUUCUUCCGUGCCGGAUGUGCUCGAACACCGACGGGACGCGGCAGACGAAUUUGUGCUGAUCGCCAGCGAUGGGAUCUGGGACCGGAUCGGGAGCCAGGAAGCCGUGGACUUUGUGAGAAGAAAGCUGCAAGAAGGAGGCGAGACUUCUUUAUCGCAGAUCAUGGAAGAUCUCCUGGACGAGUGCUUCUCACCCGAUUUGAUGAAGACGGGCGGCCUCGGGGGCGACAACAUGACCGCUUUGCUGGUGUUGGUGGAGAUGAAUCCCCACUCUCCGACCAGGUCGAUGUCCCGCAACUUGGUCAUGGAAAAGCCCUUCCUUCGGACCAAAGGCAGCGGCAGCGGCCCCUCCGAUGGGACCUUUGAGUUCGACUUCUUGACCAAGCUUUGCUCAUGCCACCCCUCGGACACCCGCUACAGCCUUUAGAAGUGGUCGCGUUUCUGAACUUGCGAGGAGAGAGAGUUCGGCGGUUUCACUUGCAGGGAGAGAGUUCGGCCAAACAGCUGGAUCAAAAA